ACGGCAGAGCCAGGGCCCAAACACACCACUGGACGGCCGGAUGAGGUGAAAAAGCAAUGCGGGCAUGCGUUCUGCAUGUCUCAUUGACGGUCGCAUUGGUGCCGCCGGUUGCCAGGCCGCCCAGCCAUGUGUGUUCAGGCGCAGCAUAUGAUUACUGCAUCCAGUCCUUGGGCUGCACGGCGGUGGCGGCUGGCAAGGCCGAACGAGGGUUGUUACCGAAUAUCGCAGAAAGCCUAACACGGACGCAAAUCGAUUGCGUGUGCGAUUGGCUACAGUCCUCGCUCGACCUGAGCGACGCGGAGCUGAAGAAGGUGAUACUAUGGGCCCCGUCACUGCUGGGCUACAGCGUCGAAAAGAACAUUGCGCCAAAGCUCGAGUGGUUGCAGAACUACCUCGACUUGGACGAGGGACAGUUGCGUAAAAUUGUUCUACGGCAGCCGACACUGUUAGGCCGCAACAUGGCGCCAAAGCUCGAGUGGGUGCAGAGGCGGCUCGACCUUGACAAUGCGCAACUAAAAAAGAUGGUUGUGACGUCUCCGUCACUGCUGAGCAUAAGCAUCGAGGACAAGAUAGAGCCGAACCUCGACUGGCUGCAGACGCGCCUGGACCUAGACGCUCCGGAGCUGAGGAAGAUGGUUCUGAGUCAUCCGCCACUGCUGUAUUACAGCGUCGAAGACAACCUGGAGCCAAAGCUGAACUUCCUCGAAGAAGAACUUGGUCUCCCUGUGUCUGAAGUGCGCGCUUCGAUAGUAACGGGUCCAAAUCGUCUGAGUUAUAGUCUAAACAAACGGUACCGGGCCCGACUCGAAGUAUGCCGCGCCGCCGGCGUCGAUGCAUAUCCUGUCCUCUCCUAUUCCAGCCAAACGGACGCUGAGUUCUGCAAGCGCGCCGGCGUCCCCCUCGAGGCCCUCCGCGCGGCCCAGGAGGACGUCUAA